UAGAAACAGGACGCGCUCAUAUAUGAGCCAGAGCAACACUCUGGAGCUGAGAAGGAAUAUCCUCUCUUGUGUUUUUUCCCCCUCUCCUGUCUUUUCUUUUCCUCUCCAGCACAGCGACAUGGGCUCUGUUUUCCCAGCUGACGCGCUGAGGAUGAAGUCCGGCUUCAAGUCUCCAAAUGCGUCUCUGUGUGAAAUCAUCACCUCGGAUGUCCUGCACAGCUUUCUGUACGGGAGAUGGAGAAACGUGCUGGGGGAACAGCCUCAUCACCACCACUACCACCACCAUCAUCAUCAUCAUCCUCAUCCUCACCAUCCUCAUCCCCAGCAGGUCUCUGAAGAGAAGCCGCAGCAUCCCAUCAGCAAGACCGCGUUCACGGCUGAGGUCCUGGCGCAGUCCUUCUCCGGAGAGGUUCAGAAGUUGUCCAGCUUGGUGCUGCCCAGUGAGGUGAUCAUCGCUCAGAGCUCCAUCCCUGGAGAAGGCCUGGGCAUUUUCUCCAAGACAUGGAUCAAAGCCGGGACUGAGAUGGGUCCGUUCACUGGCCGUGUCCUCUAUCUCCAGCACGUGGACCUGCUCAAGAACAACAACCUCAUGUGGGAGGUGUUUAAUGAGGAUGGGACAGUGCGCUGCUUCAUAGAUGCGAGUCAGGAGGACCAACGCAGCUGGAUGACCUACAUCAAGUGUGCAAGGAACGAGCAGGAGCAGAACCUGGAGGUGGUCCAGAUCGGCAGCAGCAUCUUCUACAAGGCUGUGGAGACUAUUCCUCCUGACCAGGAGCUGCUCGUUUGGUAUGGGAAUUCACACAACACCUUUCUGGGAAUUCCUGGUGUUCCUGGCAUUGAGGAUGAGCAUCAGAAAAGAAACAGGAAUGAUGAUUCCCACUCAAGCGACAGCAAUUCUUCAACCUCCCCUUCCUCCACGUCCUCGUCAGCGUCCAGCCGCAUGCGCUGUGUCAUCUGUCACCGUGGCUUCAACUCACGCAGCAACCUGCGCUCUCACAUGCGCAUCCACACACUGGACAAACCCUUCGCAUGUCGCUUCUGCAACCGGCGCUUCAGCCAGUCAUCCACGCUGCGCAACCACGUGCGCCUGCACACCGGCGAGCGCCCCUACAAGUGCCACGUGUGCCAGAGUGCCUACUCGCAGCUGGCAGGACUCCGUGCGCACCAGAAGAGCGCCAGACACCGGCCAGCAGGCACCAAUACAGAAACCAGGCAGCCAUCUCCUGUCUCUCCAUCACAGAUGGCCUCCAUGGUGCAGACGGUGCCACUGGUGCACCACAUAGCCACCAUGGUGCUCUGAAGAGUGCAGAGACACGUGACUGGACAUUUACACCGGGUCGAACAAUGUUGCACUUUUGCACUUCCUCCUCAAAUGUAGUGCAUUACAAAAUCAGAUUCAAUACAUGCACAGUACAAUCUUGGUUAUGAGCUGGAUCAGAAUAUUUUGGUUAUGGAUACCAGGACUUAGUCUGGGUUUUAGUCUAUGCUAGCUGUGUUAUUCCAAAAGAAAUCAAGAUACUGUAGCUUGUAUCCUAAUCACUUUGUCCUGGUCUCUGCACAUGCAUGUCUAUGACUCAAAGACUUGUAUGUAGAAGUUAGUCAUUUUUCUGACCAAAAACUCUUAAAGAGAUGAUUUUGGACAAUAUAAAAUCAUGAUAUAGGUUAUGGGGGAUCAUCUCUACUUUCUGGAAAGCUAGCAUCAGUGGUUAGUCAGUGGUUGUCCUUUUAUAAUGUCAUUAGCAUCCUGUAAUCAUGUAUGCAGUGCAUUCCAGAUAUAAUAUGACUCACUUAUUAAAGGAGCAGUUUGUAAUUUUAGCACCUUCUGCUAUGUGCAAAGGAUUUGUUUUGCAAUAAAGCACUGACAAGCCUUCCCUUUCUUCCCAACUGACAGACUCAAAUCUCUGUGUUGAAUCUACAUACACCUCCUGUGUUGCCUUUUAAGGAAAAUGACAGAGCUGAGCAACUCUCUUAUGACUAGAGGCAGAGCUAAUUUCUGGGCCAGAAAAAGUGUAAACAGAAGCCUAAAACAAAGAUACUAGACAGAUCCACUGGAUAGCAAUGUUGGGAAUAAUAGGUUCUCUAAAGUAUCUUUAAAAUUCUAAGUGUAGAAAAACAUUUGCCACUUGCAAACUGCACCUUUAAUAUGAGCAUAAACUCAUCAUCCCCACUGUGGAUUAAAACAGCACUGUGUACUCUAAAAAAAAUGAUACUGGAUGCCUUAAUUCCCGAACCUGACUGUGGUGAUUAUUUCCGGGUGCAUUAUUUAAUGCAGAUUUUCUCCUCUUCAGUGUGACCUACACAGUGACAGUUAUUCAGGAAUGCAGAACGGUUAGGAAGAAGGAUUAUAUCAUUAAAAAAUGUAGAUAAUGUGAAUAUGAUGUGACUAUGUACAAGCUGCGUACACACACACACACACACACACACACACACACACGCAUGGACACACACAAAAUACAUUUGCUUACACAA